GAGUAGAGAAUGACAAGUGGCGUGUCAAUCCGAGCAGGGCUUGCAGGCACGCUUAGCAAUCUAUUGAGCACAAACACCCAAUACCAGUCAUACUGCUUAGCCUCUACCUUGACCCAGAAGGAGAGUCGAGGACGCUGCAGCUCUGAAUGAGUUCUGGGAAAUGUUGUGCUGCUUCGGUGGCAACCAGUCCGUGGUCACAUCCUCCAAAGACAGCAGCACCCCACUUUCAAUCACGGCAGCUGGGCAGCUGGGCGACCGUGCUGGUUCACAGAAUGGUGCGACUCACCCUGACGCCGGCGUCAGCGAGGCGCAGUGGUCUACGCAGCAUAGUCGUACACAUAACGACACAGCUUCUUCCAGACAGGCCGCAGUCGGAGUCCCGGAACCCGCUGUCGCCAACCAUAGUCAGCAGGCGUGCCUGAGGGACGACGCGUGGCCUUUGCCACAAGGCAAGCCCGAUGGGACCUCAUACCAGUCGGUAGCUUCCCAAAAUGACAGAUUGGCGAGGGCGGGGGUAUGCGACGAAGCUGCGCAGGGCGGUGCUGCCCCGAAAGGGCAGUUGCGCCCUGACACGGCACGUUUGCGCGUCUCGUCCGAGGCAGAGAGGCUCUCAACGCGCCCUGGUCCAGCAAUUUAUGGCGGUGUAGCAACGGAUGGCAGUCAUAUCAUUGUUAACUCUGGCAGUCGAGCGGCUUCGCCACCGCUGCGGUCCCCGCGACCAGACCAGCUACAGCCGCAGACGCCGGCGCCCAUGCCGCCCCGUUCACAGCAACUGCGCGAAUCGAUGGUGUUUUUGGCGACUCCAAACAUCACCACCGUCUUCGAGCCCGCGAGCGGUCGUCCGCUCCUGCAGAACCCCGCCUCGGUCGCCUACUACGGGGAGCGCACCCUGGCUGGCGGUGCUGGUGCUGGUGGGGCGGCGCUGCUGACGCAGCCGGGGCAGCAGGAGGCGGGUGCGGACGUUCUGGCUGAGGUGUUUGCGCUCGAGCCUCAAAAGCUUGAGCAGCUCUUGUCGGCGCUCGGACUGUAUGAGGAGGAGGACGAGCAGGCAGAAGGCGGGGAGCACGAGGAAGAUGGCGAUGGGGAGGAGCAGGGUCACCGCGACGACGAACACGGGGCUGAUGCCAGCACCCACGGCGGGCGGCGCGGGGGCUCGCGGCGUGGCCGGCGGAGAGGCGCCCGCGAGCGACAAGCGGCCGAACUAUCGGCAGCAGCGACAGCUGUGUGGAAAGGCGUCGUGCGAGUGCCGCCCGGCCUGGCUCCGCCGGCGACGCACAUGUCGUCUGGUAGGCACAAUGCCCACAGCAGCGCCGGCCCCUUCGCACACCGCAAUCACGCUACGCACGCCGCUCCGGGGGUGCACACCAGCGCCAUCGCUGACGCCGACUCGCAGCUGCUGCCACUGCCGGCGGGCGCCGCGUCCGCGCAGCCCGCACUCACAGCUGUCAUGGCUGUGGACGACCUGACGGGCAGCGGCGGGCUCGGCAGCGGCCGGAACUUGGCUGGCGGCGGCCGGCCGGCAGGCCCCAAUGCACUCGGCGGCGGCGGCGGCGGCAUGAGCGGCAGCCGCCAGCGGGCCGGAGCAGGCGGCAACAUUUGCAGCACCAGUCACUCGGCCAGCAACCUAUGUCACAACCCGGUGAUGAUGGCAAGCGACAGCGCCGAGCGCGGCGCUGCCGCCAGCGGCGCUGCCGCCGUUGCUUCCGGCCGGCUGGGCAGCGCCGUUGGCGCGCCGUCGGGUACCGACAGCCGCAAGCGGCUGUUGGGCUCGGCGGUGUUGGCGGCGGGCUCGGUGUCGGCAGCGGUGCGGCGGGGCCUGUCAGGGCCCUGGUCUCGCCUGAUGCGGCCAAGGUCAGGCACGGGCAUGGGGCCAGCCGACGGCGCCGGCAGUGCCGGCUACCAGGACAGCGGCGGCGGGCGCGACAGCGCCGGCGCAUCGCCGCGCCCCCGGGCCACGGCCCAUAGCGGCAGCGGCGGCGACAUUGGAGCAUUGCUGGUGGCGUUGCACACGGCGCCCAUCCCACACCGGGGCCCUCGCCGCUCCGCCACCAGCAACGACAUCGUCACGUUGAGGGAGGCAGCAGCGGCGGCGGCGGGGGCGCCGGCGGCGGCCAGGACCGGCGAUGGCGGCGUCAACUCUGCAGCUGCCGGUGAGGGGCAAGCGGCUGCAGCGCGCGCGCCACCUGCCCGCCCCCCACUGCUGCCGAUGUCUGCGGCGGCGGCUGCAGUCGUUGCGGCUGCGCGCGGAAACCAGGCCUCGUCAGCGGACUGGCAGCUGCGCCGCAGCGGCCCUGGCACAGUCGUCUCCGCCGUUGACGCCCGCGCCUUCGCCCGGCGUAGCGCGCUAGCCGAUCUGGGCACCGGUGCCAGCAGCACCGGCAGCCGCCCGGCCGUGCCCAGCUCCACCAUGCUGCAUGCUCGCUCCGACGCACGCCCGAUGGCGUCCACCACCGCCGCGACGACGUCGCUCGCAACGUCCACGUUCAUGAUGGGGCUCGGCAUGGCGACGCCGACGCCGCAGCGGCCAACGCGCCAGGCCUCGGGCCUGCAAUCCUUCUCUAACGGGCAGCGGCCGCCGCCGCAGCUGCCAUCCGGCGAGCGGCCGCCGCAGCUGCCAUCCGGCGAGCGCGCCUCGGGCUCGCCAUCGCGACCGGUGUCUGCUGCGGGCAACACCGCCUGGGCCCCUCCACGGGGUGGCCUCACGGGCACAGCAUCCAUGCCGGUGACAGGCAUGGCGGCGGCGGCGGCGGCUGGCGGCGGCGCCGCUCCGGUGGGCAUAGUCGACGGGGUCCCGAUGGACGUGCAGCGGUACACGGACCUCCUUGAAGGCGGCGGCGGCACUGGCAGCGGCGGGGUCAAUGUACGCGUCAGCAACACCAGCGGCGCCUUCGUUGCUGUGCUGCGGUCCACUGCCGACGGCGAGGCAGAUGCCGGGAUGUUGGAGCGCACGUCGAGCGUCACGGCCGUCCGGCGGCUGCCGCGCAGGACGGCCAGCGUGGUGGGUGGCGCCAGCACCACCACCUUUGGCAGCCCCACGAUAAUGGGGCCAGGCGGGGCAGCGGCGGGGGCGGCUCAGCAGGGAGGCGCGACUGGCUCUGUCAUGAGCCAGGGGGCGAUGGUGGGCGUGUCACGUGCGGUGGCCUUCGCCGCAUCGCUGCGGACCGCACCAACGCUUGCAGCUGCGGCAGUGGCGACGCCACAAGUUGGCAGCCCAGUGGCUGGCAGCAUCACCGGAGGCGCUGCCACCGGUGCCGGCGGCUCUGUCGCCGUCGCCAUGGCUUCGGCUAGCAGCACCCUAGGCGGCGGCGGCGGCGGCGUCAGCCGUGGUAGCGGCAGGCGGUGCACGACCACCGACAGCAUGGCGCGUGACCAGGUCGCCAUGAUGGGCUCAUCGCCGCAGCCGAUGCUACUAGGCCUUGCAUCAGAGCCGGCGGACGGCAUGGCCCCGCCCCGUGGCGCCUUUGCUAUUCUCAGGAACACCGGCGUGGGGCCCGGUAGUGUUGGCGCCGGCAGCCCGGGCAGCUACGCAGGCAGCGCCGGUCCCAGCCCCGCACAGCCGAUCCGCAGUCUGCGGCUGUUUGGAGGUGCGCCCCGCGGUGGCAGCUGCAGCGACGGCUCCCCAGUGCUUGCCCGCUGCGUCAGCGGCACUGCACACCAUGUAGGCGUAGGCCCGGAGGCGGCGGUCGGCAUGGCAGUGAACGACACCGACGCGGCCGGUGGCGGCGGCGGCGGCGGCGGCGGCGGCUUCGCAUUCGGCCAGCUGCCGGCGCUUGGCGAGCCCGCCGUGGCUAUGAACCACGGCAGAGGGCUGUUUGCUUUCCCGCCACCCGACGUGCCGGUGACCGAUGCGGAGCUGGCCGCGCCGGCUGUGGCGUUGCAGCCGGCGGCAACAGAGGCGGGGGCGGCGGCGCAGCACGUCAGCGGCACCUACCUGCCUGGGUCAGCGACGCUCGCACUGCCUGCCUUGAAGUUGGGUGAGGUGCCGCCGAAGCGGCAGUCCCUGGGGCUCGUCCUAGCGGAGGCCGAUGAGUCAUGCUAUGAUGACGCGGUCGCUGGCCCCAGUGGCGGCGGCGGUGGUGGCGGCGGCGAUGGCGGCGGCGGUGGCGGCGGCGGCGGCGGCGGCGGCGCGGCUCCCGCCGCUGCGUCCGCUGCUGCCGCAGCAAACCUGGCCCGCGCGGGCUCAACUAACGGCAACGGCGACGUCGAUGAGGGCGGCGGCUUCGGACUGACGUCCGGCGGCUCGGCCGCCGGCGCCCCCAGCGUGUCGGGUCGGUACGCGGCGGCCAAGGAAACUCUGCCUCCACGCAACAGCGGAGGAGUCCCCGCCGCCGUGCCCAACGAUGGCGGUACCGUCAGCGCAAGCGGCAGCCCCAUCCCCGGGGCUGCGACAGGCGGCCCACCGUCAAAGGGUCCCUCCGGCCGGCAGCGCCUUCGCAAGGGUCUGUCCAGCGACAUGGCGGCAAAGUCGCCUGUUGCUAGCGGCGGCGCGGCCCCCUCGAUGGCGUCUUGGUACCGGCAGGGCGCUGCGGCUUCAGCGGCGGGGGCAGCAGCGGCAGCAAUAGCAGAGGCCGCGGCGGCGGCUGUGGAGAGGGAGGCGCUGGCGGUUGACGCAUUGGUGCUCGCCGCAGCCGGCAGUGAGGGCCCCGCUGGUGGCGGCGGCGGCAGGGCGGCAACCGCCGGCGGCAGGGCUGUGGAGGGGUCGUCGCGGACGUCGCGGCCCUCAGGCCUGCAGUCCGUGCUUGAGGAGCGGGGGCUGGCGCGGGAGGCGCGGCGCGAGGCGCGGCGGGAGGCGGAGCAGGACGAGGCCGAGCGUGUGCAGCAGCAGGAGGCGGCUCAGGACCAGGAGGAUGAACUGGAGGAGGUGGAGGUGGAGGCGGAGGCGGAGGAGUGCUGGCACGAGGUCUGGGCAACCAGGGCCACGGACCCCGCCACAGCAAAGGCGGUAGUGGUGCUGAGCCAGACGGACGUGACAGCCAAGGUGGUGGCUGAGCGGCACCUGGCGCUGGUGAUGGAGACCGAGCACCGCCUGCUGGAGCAGCUGUUCCCGCGACACAUCCUGCAGUACAUGGCUGAGGAGUGGACGCAGCCCGCCUUCCGCCGGCGGCAGCAGCAGCAGCUGGCGGCGGCGGCCGCGGGCGGCGGCGGCGACUGGCGGCCUGUGGUGCGCAACUGCAACGCACUGGCAACCUGGCACCCGCGCGUCACAUUGCUCUUCGCAGACAUAAAGGGCUUCACGCCCAUGUGCCAGGAGCUGCCGCCCCGUGCCGUGAUGGCCAUGCUGAACGACCUGUACAGCCGCUACGACCGCAUGCUGGACAAGCACGGCGUGUUCAAGGUGGAGACCAUCGGCGACUGCUACUUUGUGGCGGGUGGCCUCAUCCGGGAGGACGAGGACGGAAUGGCGGCGGUGCGCGGCCGCCAACAGCAGAGCCAGCCGCAGCAGCCGCCGGCACAGCAGCAGCAGCAGCAGCCGCAGGUUGUCGACUCGGCAGCCACGGCCGGUCUAGACACCAUGGCAGACGUUGCCGAUAUGGGCGGUGACAGCGUGGGGGGCGGCAGGGGGUCUCUGGGGCGCGGCAGCACGGGCUCCCGCGGCUCCGCGACCACGGCGCUGGCAGGCGAGGACCCGCUGCACGCCUACAAGGUCUUCUCCUUCGCGCGGGCGAUGCUGGAGGCGGCGCGGCAGGUCCGGAUGCCCACCAACGGGCGGCCUGUGGAGAUCCGCAUCGGCAUCCACACCGGCCCCGUGGUCAGCGGCAUGGCCGGCACACGCAUGCCGCGCUUCUGCCUCUUCGGUGACACCGUCAACACCACCAGCCGCAUGGAGUCCACGGGCGUGGCGGGUGCUAUUCACGCCAGCGCUGCGGCCUACGAACACCUGAAGCACCUUGGCGAGUGGGAGUCCACUGGCGGCAUCGAGGUCAAGGGCAAGGGCCUCAUGCGGACCUACUUGUGGCGGCCCGCCGAGGACGCCUUGCUGGCGCCGCUGUCGGUGGCGACCGCGGGCGGCGACAGCAGCAGCGGCAGCAACGCGCUUGCGCGCAGCCGGGCCACUCACGUGCAGGGCCUGGCUUCCGGCGCCAAAGGACCCACGACCUCAACCUCGUCCGCAAAAGCGGCGGCGGCGGCCGCAGCAGCCACCACCGUGGGCGGCAGCACGGCGGCCAUGCACCGCGCCCUCAUAGGCAGCCGCCUAACGCGCCUGUGCAAUAACACCUCGCGGGGACACGGGGGCGCGGCGGAUUGCGACGACGAUGACGACGGCGGCGGCAGGUGGCACUUGACCCAGUCCGUGGCGCAGCUGCAUGACGAGCUCCUGCUGAUGAACCGCGGAGGCGGAGGCGGGGCCAACAUCUGACCGCCUGCUGUCGCGGGAGGUUGCGGUGGAAGGCAGCUCACCAGCUGCAGGGCAGGCGUGAUCAAGGGUAGCUUAGCCAGCCACAGCUCACUCGGGCUACUCGGGCUGCAGGCAAGGUGCUGGUUAUGGCAUGGUCAACAUGUCGGCAGAAGUGCUGGGCGAGCCAUGGAUAUGCAGCGGAGGUCAGGCAUGGUGACUCCAUGUCUGAUGCUUCUGGCACUGCGCAUUGUUGCUUCACAGCAUCUUGCGCUGCUGAUACUUGUGGUGAGGACGGGGUGGGUAUGGUGACUCCAUAUCAGAUGCUUGCACAAUGCAUUGCGUGCGCUUACUAAACAGCAUGGUUGGCAUGUUGCACUAUCCACUCCUGCGAUGGGGUGGCGUAUUCCUGAAGUCAGCAACACUUGUCGGAGCUGCGAGCAAACGACAGGAAGUAAUAUCAUAUGGUGCAUGGAUUGAGGUGGGAUACUGGUUAUGAGUGUUAUCAUGGCUGGCUCCUGACUUUUGCCGCAGCCAUUUGCACUAGCCAUCCAAACUGUCAGUCCACAAAGUGGCGCAUGCUGCAGCUGUAGAGCAAAUUGAAAUGGAGGUCCAGGUAAAGUGCACCGAAGUCUGGCAGCGGAAGGAUAUGAGACUGAUGGUCUGCAUGACGCUGCAUUCAUUGAGUUCGUUCUUGGGAGCAAGGCGUGAGUAGAGAUGAUAGGCCAAUUUGCGUUUCGUCCUUUCAUUCGGUGGGUGUUGCGGCGCCAUGGCGCGUGCCGAACUUGCAAAAAGCGUGCUACGACAGGGACGAAGUGCGAGCUCUGCCGCGGAAUGGAUAUGCCGCGGAACCCAAGCGUGAUGACUGCUUGUCAGGUACUUGUGGCACAGCGCGCUCUUGCUUCGCUGCAUGGUGUCAUGAUUGCGCAAAAUGCACGCAUGCGAUGGGGUGGCGUGCUGCUGCAGUCGGCAGUGGGAGCUGCGAGCAGACGACAGCAAGUGUUAUCAUCCUAGUGGUUCCAGGGGGGGCGAGCAAGGCCACGUGGAGGAGGAGAGCGCGGCGCCGCCCAAGAAGCGGAGGCCGGCCGGUGUCUGGUUAGCGGUCGUUGCUGGCGAGCAUAGCACCGCACAGUAUGUGGUAGGCCGCAGCAGUGAGGAGUGUUGUGGCUGGAGGAUUUCCUGCUGUUUGGUUGAUUGCUGGCUGUGCUGUUGCUUGGCAGCGGGACGUGGCUGGAUGCAUGGCGGGCCGUGCCUGUACGAACCGACCCCGGCUAUGUCCGGGAGAUGAGGUAGACACUUGCGGCCUCAACUAGACGCGUGGCGUGGGCGCAGCCCACGUCUCCCAUGCGAGGGGAACCACAUAUCUUGUCAUCCUCGUGGUUUUAGCCGAAGAGCACCGCGGGCGCACAAGCAAGGCGUCACUAUUAGCUGGGAUGGUGAACUAGGAUGUGCGCCUGACGGAUUGUUGCUGGAUGUUGGCUAGUCGUGUGAGGCGUUCGAUUUCCAUGGUGAAGCGCACAACAAGCAUUCGUAUAUCAUGCAUGUCUGUGGCCUUCUGGACAGCAGCCCGUCGGCAGUGGUGCAAGCCGCCUCUUGGCUGCGCCGCGGGCUCUGCCCCGUCUGCAAGUGAGCACGGGGGAGACUGCUCCCCGUGGUAUCGCAUUCGACAUUCCCGCUGCGAGUGCAGCAGUUGCCAGACCGGAGCACGGGUUGGGGACCGGUAAGACUUCUGGGGCUGUGCGCGUGGCGAAGAAUGGCUGUCUGAACAAAUGGAGCAAGCGAGCUAUACGGUGUGCAAGUAUGCAGAGGUGCGCUUGAUAGCACAGGAUGCGGUGCUCCUAUGCAAAGCAUGUAUCCCGGGUAUAGCGGCACAUUAGGGCCAUGCUAGGGAUGCCAUAAGCGACGAUGGUGAGCGCCACGGAUAAUGGGCUGCCUUUCUUACUUAUCCGAAUAUGUUGCGCGCGCCAAGCAUGCUGUGUGAGCACGAGCUGUCGUUUUCCGAGUUAGAUGGGAAUGUGAUGAUGCCUUGCCCUCCUGUGCCCAUGCCUGCUCACGUGUCCAAAACACGCAUCUAUGCAGCAAUUCCAUAUUUGCAACUACAGGGACUGCUCCUUAUUGUGCAUUGUUUGGGUGGCUGGUUCCGCAGUUUGCCCACCCUUUGUGGGCGGGUGGCAAUAAUCGGCGUUGCUUCAUUCGCUGGAUGCAGCAUCGGCACAGAUAGCGUUGGGGCUGUGAAAUGCCUCAGUACUGUGGCACGUAGGAAAUUAUUGUGUGCCAGCAGUUACGGCACCCAUAGAGAGUCAGGCCAUUCAUGGCACAUGGUGUUGGUGCUUGGGCUGUUGACUGGGUUUGCUUGUUUUCGUGACCCGGUUAUGCAGGGCGCACCGGCCUCUGUCGUAUGCGUAGCAUCUAGAUGUGGUGUGUAUUUGUUGUGCCUUACACAGCAGUGACGCUAAACGGUGAUACUGGACACGCUGACUGAGGACUACAGUAAGCAACUGGCAUCCACUUAAAGGCACUUCCA